AUGGAAAUGCGCAUGCUCUCUCCUGAGGACGGCACACACCAUACACAUAUUCUACGACUUGCCUCUGGCGAAAGCAGGCGUGUAUCGCCCGGUACACCAAACCCCUACGCAGCGACCUAUCCGGUGAGAAAUCCAUAUGCUCAGCCUGCCGAACCUACAUCUGGGCAGCAUCGACACUCCUCUUCGGCCUCUCAUACGCCCAAUACCACUGAUAUCGGUCUUGACGGAACUCCGAUUGAACAGACAUCCCGUAAAGUAUCACAUCAAAGCCUGCCCGAUUUAUUUCCCUCAACACCAGAACUAGCUUCAGAAAUGUCAGAGGCAGAAAACCAACGCACUACGAAAUACAACUUGCAUCUCGAACUACCCGAAAAGGCUCCAAGUCUACCGCUUGCUCAAGAAAAUCUGGAGCCGAUACCUCAACGUCGAACAUCAUCGCACUCUCAUGUACAAAUUCCUAAAGAAAUCGCAGCCCCAGGCUCACAGCCCGGACCAUGCCAGAAUAGCACAGGUCAUCAUCGUCCGUUCACUGUGUUCUCGAAUUGUUGUCUCAUUAGCCGCCACAAAGCAUCUCCAGCAACGGUGCCUGGGAUCAGUAGUGGUGGUCAAUCCACCUGCAACAACUAUAGGGACGCCGAAAAAGGUCCCCCCGAAUUCAAGCGUGUCAUCCUCCGAAUCAAUGGCCUCAAGUGUGGUUGCUGUGAAGGAGGACUUUCACGCGCCCUUGAUCACAUUGCGGCUAUCCAAAACUAUCAAGUGAACACGGUUUUGGCUAGAGUGGAAUUUGACUUGGAUGUGAACAUCCUCUGUGUCGAUGAUGUCAUUGAGCUUCUGACUACAAAAACAGGAUAUAGCUUUGAGGAGCACGUUGCAUUCAAUGGACAGGCAUUAGAGAUCAUCAUCACCGACCCUCGGCGCCUGGAGCACGCUGGUCAGCCCAAAGGUGUCAUCCGUAUCGAAGCACCUGAGCGAGCUCCCUGGCGACCUCUACGCAGAUUACGUCGACGUGAUAAGACGACGACCUUGACCGACACAUCAAAAAGCGGUCCGGUCCAAAACAACGGCGUGAACAAUAGUACGAAGAACUCCACCCAAGAAAUUUCGAGUGUUAGAAUAUGUCCAACGAAGAUAUACUACGAUCCGAUCAAGAUAGGCGCCCGCACCGUGUUUGAGCAUUAUCAGCAGUACGAUCCAGACAUUUGCUUGGCGCCUCUGACCAUAGACCCCGGAAUUGAGCUUGGAGCCAGGUCUACAACCCGAGCUUUGCUAUGGUUUCUUCCUACUUUAGCCUUGACAAUACCUGUGCUUGUAUUUGCCUGGGCGCCCAUCGACCACGAUCAUUCGGCUUUUCUCCAUGCAUCCUUGGUUCUUGCAACACUAGUUCAGCUUAUCGCUUUCGGAGAGUUCGUUCCAGGCGCUUUACGAUCGCUCUAUCACUCCCACAUUUUGGAGAUGGACUUCUUGAUUGCCUUCAGUACUACCAUGGCGUACGGUUUCAGCCUAGCCUCGUACAUUUUUCAAAUUCGUGGAGAGACUUUGGAAACAGGAUCUUUCUUUGAGACAUCAACUCUCUUGGUCACAUUGAUCUUGCUGGGUCGCGUAAUCAAUGAGUUGGCGCGUUUCCGAGCUACCAAAUCCGUCUCUUUUCGGUCACUUCAGGUCGAAGAAGCGCUUCUGGUGCUGCCAUCCGCCAAUGACAUUUGGGCCAAUGUGAAGACCACUCGGAUUGAUUCUCGCCUUUUACAGUACGGCGAUGUUUUCAUUGUUCCUCCUUAUACCAGGGUCGUAACAGACGGAGUUGUUAUUUACGGAGGCUCCAAUGUUGAUGAAUCGAUGAUUACUGGGGAGUUCAAGCCCAAAGCGAAAGGCUUAUCCUCCGAAGUCUUUGCUGGCACGACCAACCAAGACGGUUCCCUUGUCGUUAUCCUGAGGAAGUUACCUCAUGAGAACUCUAUACAAAAGAUUGCGACUCUAGUUGAAGAUGCUGAGCUGAGCAAACCGAAAACGCAAGCCCUUGCGGAUCGCGUAGCUGAGUGUUUUGUGCCUGCAAUAGCUCUAAUCGGUCUGGCAGUCUUCCUCUCCUGGUUGUUCAUCGACAGGUAUUAUAGCAACCACACGUGGAAGAGCGCAGUACUUACAGCGAUUACUUACGCCAUAGCCACUCUUGUUGUAUCCUGCCCAUGUGCUAUUGGCCUAGCUGUCCCUACAGUUAUCCUCAUUGCAAGUGGCGUGGCAGCACGGUAUGGUAUCAUUCUCAGAGACCCUCAGAAACUAGAAAUCACACGCAAAGUGACACAUGUGAUAUUCGACAAGACUGGAACGCUUACUUGUGGGAAAUUGGACGUUGUGGGUAUUCCACGAUACUGCAACACUGACAGAGCACGCGUUAAAGGACUAAUGAUGGGACUAUUGAAAGACAUCAAGCACCCAAUAGCCGUUGGAAUCGUACAUUACCUCACGCAAGACAGGAUCGCCAACAGAUACUACGAAAUUCUGGAGGUCAACAACAUUGUCAGCCUUCCUGGGCAAGGGGUCCAAGGCACUUGCGCCAAAACUGGAGCCGUGGUCUGCGCCGGAAACGCCGACUGGCUGAAGAUCAGCGUAAUUGAGCAAGAAUCAAACACGAGGUGCUACUUUACCAUUGCGGGAGACCUUCAAGCUAGUUUUGAGCUUAAGGAUCGCACUCGUCCUGGAGCGGAGAUGGUCAUUGACAAGCUUCAUGCUCGAGGUAUUCAAGUACAUAUAGUCAGCGGCGACACCGAGAGUGCAGUGGGUGACGCUGCUAGUGCACUCCGUAUUCACAAAGACAACAUCAAGUCGCGCUGCAGACCCGAUGGGAAGUGCACAUACGUCAAAGACCUUCAGGAAUCGGGAAAAACUGUCAUGUUUAUAGGCGAUGGCACAAACGACUCUGCUGCACUCAAGCAGGCCGAUAUUGGCGUACACAUCAGCCAGGGAUCUGACGUUGCCAAAAGUGCUGCGGAUAUCAUUCUAAUGACCACUCGUCUACAUGACAUCCUGAUAUUGCUGGACAUUUCCAGUGCUGCAUACCGACGCAUUGUCGCCAACUUCACCUGGUCCGGCUUAUACAACACUGUCGCAAUCGCGCUUGCGGCUGGUGUUUUUGCCCAAAUAGGCCGUGAGAUCAGAAUCAAGCCGCAAUGGGCUGGGUUGGGUGAGUUCAUUAGCGUAUUGCCAGUACUCUUGAUUGCAUUUCAGAUGCAGUGGCGUGACUAUGGGAGUACUUACCGGUUGAUUGAGAAUGACUAUCAAAAGUUUGAAGCGCCCAAACGUGAGCGUGUCGUUUGA